CUCUAUGAACCAAAUCAACUGAUCGUCAAAAUAACUGGAAUUUUCUUUGAAAAAGGAAUUUUCUAUUACAAUUGCUAUUAUUUUGAUUAUUGUUAAUUUCUCAUAACGGAUGAGGUGAACCGUAUUCAAUGUUGUAUUUGUUUUCCGAAUGUAUAUUUUCCAUAUUAACCUAGUUCUGUUGCCGUAUCUACGUUUAAUAGUUUGAAUUCAAUAGAUGAAAGAUAAAAUAUGGAAUCUGUUUACAAAAAUGAGGAGGAAAAUAUCCAAAGAGGAAAUGAGCUUGUAGAUGUAGAAAAUCCUAUAUAUUAUGGAGUUUACAUUCCUAAUGAAUUCGAAACAAAUAAUGUUGAUCCAAAUGUUUACCAAAACAAAAGUAUGGUGUUUCAACUUUUAAAACAAAAUAAAAAAGCUAGAUUCAAAGGUUUUAAUUUAUAUCAUGAGGCAGUUGAUUUUUCUCUCAAUGGAAUUGAUAAUUGCAAUAUUUCUAUUAUCGAUUAUGUUUCUGAAAAAAAAUCUUCGAUGGAAUCAUCACAACUAAUAGGAGAAAAGCAGAGUCCUUUCAAAGGUCCUAAGCCUCAAGAAUUAAUUGUGUUAAGAAAGGCAAUUGAAAAAGGAGAUACUGAUAGAGUUCAUCACAUUGUUUGGAAAAAUCCAAGGUACCUCAUUAGUAAUGGUGACACACCUUCGAUUUUACAGGAGGGAUCUAGGUAUAAUGCUCUUCAUAUCGCAGCUAAGGCAAAAAACAGUAAAAUGACAGAACUUUUAUUGAAUACUGUAACAAAUGUUGAAUUUGUAAAAUUAUUAUAUGGUGAUGACAAUGAAGAUAAUGCAAAAGAUAGAGCUAAAGUGUUUGUUGAUUUAUAUUUAAAUACUCCAGAUAAAGCAUUAAACGAGACACCAUUGCAUUUUGCGGUAAAAUUUGGAGCUGUGGACGUUGUUGAGGUAUUAGUUUCAUACCCUCAAUGUGAUAAAACAGUAAAAAAUAAAUAUGGUCAAAUUCCUGCAAAGAUAAUCUGUGAUAGGUUAGAAGGUCCAAAUAAAAAGCUCAGAGAAAGAAUUGAACAGCUUCUUGAAGACACUUACUAUGUACCAGUACUACGAGCUGAAGAUAAUAGUCUACCGCCUAAAAUAGGAGAUCCAUUUUCACCAGUAAAUCCUCCAGUGUUUAAUGCUCAUCCUUCCAGUCCUAGACUUGAAAUUCAAGCAUAUGCAGGACCUAUGAAUAAAGAAGGAGCAGAACGUUUUCGCAAAGUGUGGAGAACACCUCCUAGAUCUCUAAAUUUUAACACACCGACGAAAAAUAUGAAUCAUUCUUUGGACAGUGUAGCUUCGUUGAAAUACAAAGAUCCAUUGAAGGGCCUUGAACUUGUUGGAAAGACGUUGGCUACACAAUACGACAUUUCUUGGAAAGAAUAUUGGCCCUUUUUGAAUAGUUUUAUUGAUAUUACUUCUGAAGAAGGAUUGAUUUUAUUUGAGAACUACUUGAAGGAUCGUGUCUUAGAUACAUCGAUUUCUGUAGCUUCAGUUAAUUUGGAGAAUAGUGUAUUUGAAAAGAGUAAAGCAGAGUUGAGUUCCAUUUCUGAGUUAUGUCACGCAUUUCAAGCUAUCCAGCUCAAUUCCAGUUGUUCGCUUACUAGUUUUCAAGACGAGCUAGAUUCUAAAAUUGCUAGAUCUUUCAGUCCGUUCUUGGGAUUAGAAAGAGCAUGUCAAGUUUUUGCUACAAGGUUUUCCAAUAACAUUUUCAAUAAUAAAGAUAAAAAUCUCAUUAAUAUUUUAGAUACUGAAAUCAAACAACUCGAAGUAGUUAUUCUAAGUUAUAUGAAUGACAGUAGAUUUUCUGAUAUAGAUUUUAGUUGCGUGCAUUGCAGAUUAUCGUAUCUAAUCGCUCAAAAACUAAAUUCUAAGUUUGACGGAGAAAAAGCAAUAAGUAAAAAAAUUCAAUCAUUGAUAAAAACUUGUUCUCAAUCAUUCGAUUGUUUUUCAUCGGACGACGAAAGUGGCAACUUCAAAGAUUCAGUUCCCAUUAGAAAUGGCACUUCUAUCAGAAAGCAACUCUUGUGUCUUUCGCAUUCUAUUCUCGAUCAUUUGAAUCAAAGUUUUAAAUUGUAUUGUGAUGAUUUAACGGAACAAGACUGUGUCAAAAUUUGGUCUAACUUAACUUCAUGUCCGUGUGUUUUAUAUCCCAGGAAUUCGAGAAGAAAUUCCAAUUUACAGAGAAGCAGUUCAAGGAGGUAUAAUACAGAAAUUGCACCUGGCAGCAUGAGAAAACUCUUCCCAACAGAUGAAGAUGAAGAUAUUCUAAAUGAAUCAUUUUUCACGCCAAAUACGACUCCCGAUUUGUCUGAUGAUGAGGACGAGGAAGAUAAUUUUGAUGAUGCGAAUAGUAGUAAUGAUUAUGACGUUUAUAUUGACGGAAAAUUUCCUUCCAAGUCUGAUGGUGCUGUUUUUAAUGCAUUAUUAUACUCCGGCUGUGCUAUCGAGAAAGAAAAAUAUCCCAAUAUUUAUUCGUGGAAACAUAAUGUAUCUCAGUUUACGGAGGAACAGAGGAAAAGUUGGAGACACAAGAAGCUAUCAGAUCAAUUUUCUCCUUCACCGCCAAGCCGUACAUCUACUCCUUUGAAGUCGGUUUUGACCAGUACACCUACAAAAUCUUGGAUGAGAAUAACAGGUCUGAAUUCUCCAAAACGAUUGAAGCAGUCGUCACUUUUUAACGGUAUUUGAUUGAGCGUAAGACUUGGAUUUUUCAUUUGUUAAUAAAAAAUGUAAGUAUACUUGUGCUUACAAUGUGAUGUCAAGAAAUUUUCUACAUUGAGAAUAUUUUUAAGAAUUAGGCUUAAAAUUUCUGAGAUUUUUACCAAAAAAAAAACUAUUAACUUAACUGUAUAAAUCCAUGUUUUUUAUUUAUAAAAACUGUUUAUAAUAUUGUGUUGAGAAAAAUAAAUUUAGUAUUUUCUGA